AUGGCGCUCAAUCCCCUCCCCCGCUUUUACUACAUCUUCUUCGCUUUCUUUGAGCCGACACUUAUACUGAUUGGCGCCUACCUCUGUAUCGCCACACCUCAGGCAUACGCCGAGGCGCUCCUCCCAGCCGGUAUUGAGCCCGUCACACGCAUCCUGGGGUCGACGAGCCGGGGACAGAUGGCCAUUGGUGGUCUGGGCUCAUGCUUCCUCCUGCUGGCGAUGCUGGCGCUUUCGAUGUUCCCGUUGAUCAAGAACAACUUGGGUGGGAACCCCGUCGUCCAGGCCAAGAUGGUCAGGGGUCUAUUGGUCCCCUUGGCUAUUGCAGAUCUCUCGCAUAUCGCUAUGACCCUCUUACCCCUACCCAUGUCCUUCCUGAAGAGUCCGUCUAAGUGGACCGGGACUCUGCAUGGGAACAUCACCAUCACAGUCUUCCUCUUUGCAGUCCGAAUGGCGUACUUCCUCGGUAUCGGCCGAUCCCAGAAAUUGCCCAUCAACGCCGCCGGGCAGCGCAAGCGCUCUCACGGACAAGCAACUAUGCCCCUCCCUUCGCCCGCUGUCCAGGUGGAUGUGGAGACGGUGAAGAGGGUAGAGUCUGUCGAAGCGAGCCCUAGGAAGAGGAGCGGGCGGGGCAAGGCAUGA